GCGUGUUUAUAUGUGUGUGUGAGAGAAAGAAGAGAGAAGGAGAGGAGAAAGCGAAGAGCUGACGAAGAAGAAGGAGAAUCAGUUGAAGAUAUGGUGGAUUAGAGCCAUUGGAUCAUCCGAACUAAUCGUAAAGACAAGUCAAAUCAAACCCUUCGACCUAAGAUGACGAUCAAACCCUCCAAUUUUCUCCCCUUAUUCGAGCCCAAGAGGGAUGCAUAUGGAUUUACUGUGAGGCCUCAACAUCUCCAAAGGUUUAGAGAAUACGGAAGUAUCUACAAGGAAGAGGAAGAUGAGAGAACAGAAAAGUGGAAGAGGUUUAUCGAACAACUAGUGGAACCUGAUCAACUUGGCUCAUCUGAUGUUGAAAUCAUCGACAAAUCAGAAGCUGGAGAAAUAGAACAGAAGUCAAAGGUUGACUCGUUAGUGAGUGUAGAAGGAGAUCAUUCAAGUAAUGGGAAGCCUUCUGGUGACAUUCCUACGGAAAGUUAUGACGAAGGAGGAGCUCAUGUGACAGUGCAACAAGCUAAAAGUCGGAAAGUACAAACUUGGACUCCCAUUAGGCCUUCACUUCAUCCCAUUGUGAAGCUGAUGAGUGCUCGUGUUAAAAAAAAUGUGACAGAGGAGAAGAUACCUGUUCCUCAGGAUCAACUUGAAUCAAUUGAAGAAGAUAAGUCGUUGAAGGGAGAGGAAAAUGAGGACCAUGGAGAAGAAUUUUUUGAAAAUGAGGCGAUAGAUGAUACUCUGAGUGCGUCUGAGAAAGAAGCUGACAAUAAACUUGAAGUUGAACCUGAAACUUUCUUCCCAUGGAAAGAAGAACUGGAGUUUCUUGUUCGUGGGGGUGUGCCAAGAGAUCUAAGAGGAGAGAUUUGGCAAGCGUUUGCUGGUGUAAGUACACGUAGGGUGAAGGAAUAUUACCAGAGUUUGCUUGGUCCAGAAAGUGAUUAUAUUGGCAGCACGGAACAUUGUGAAAUGGGGUCGAAUGAGGAGAACGCUGCAAUUCCUGAGAAAUGGAGAAAGCAGAUUGAGAAGGAUCUUCCCAGAACUUUUCCUGGUCAUCCUGCACUAGAUGAGGUUGGUCGGAAUUCCUUGAGACGGCUACUUAUAGCAUAUGCACGGCAUAACCCCUCUGUUGGGUAUUGUCAGGCCAUGAACUUCUUUGCUGGCCUAUUACUCUUGAUGAUGCCCGAGGAAAAUGCCUUUUGGACCUUGGUGGGCAUUAUUGAUGACUACUUCUGUGGCUACUACUCUGAGGAAAUGAUAGAAUCCCAGGUGGAUCAACUUGUUUUUGAGGAAUUAGUGCGUGAAAGGUUCCCCAAACUGGUCAAUCAUCUGGAUUACCUGGGAGUGCAGGUUACAUGGCUUUCUGGACCUUGGUUCCUUUCCAUUUUUGUAAAUAUUCUUCCCUGGGAAAGUGUUUUACGAAUUUGGGAUGUACUGCUAUUUGAAGGGAAUCGUGUAAUGCUCUUUUGUACUUCACUUGCUUUGAUGGAGUUGUACGGUCCUGCAUUAGUAACAACCAAGGAUGCUGGUGAUGCCAUAACUCUAUUACAGUCCUUAGCUGGUUCUACGUUUGAUAGCAGUCAACUUGUGUUAACUGCUUGCAUGGGUUUCUUGGCUAUUACUGAAGAGAGAUUGGAAGAGCUGAGAGAAAAGCAUCGGCCUACUGUAAUAGAAGCAGCUGAAGAAAGGUCAAGAGGGAGAGUCUCAAAGGAUUCCAAGAGUCUCGCAUCUAAGCUAUAUAGUUUUAAGCAUGAUGGUACAACCUCUACAGGAGAGGGUGCAAAUGCUGAACUAGUUGAUAAUCAGAUGGAUGGGGGUUUAAAGGCCAAUUCUGCUGACGCAGAUUCUAUUCUUAAUAGCAUAAAUCUUGAUUCUGAGGCCGAUUCUGUCCCAGAUCUUCAAGAACAGGUAGUUUGGUUGAAGGUCCAGUUAUGCACCAUGUUGGAGGAAAGGAGGUCUGCUACCCUCAGAGCGGAAGAAUUAGAAACAGCACUCAUGGAGAUGGUGAAGCUGGAUAAUCGGCGGCAAUUGAGUGCCAGGGUGGAGCAGUUGGAGCAAGAGGUGUCCGAGCUGAGGCAAACCCUAACUGACAAGAAGGAACAGGAGCAGGCAAUGCUUCAGGUCCUGAUGCGUGUUGAGCAGGACCAGAAGGUAACUGAAGAUGCUCGCAUCUUUGCUGAGCAAGAUGCAGCUGCGCAGAAAUAUGCUGUUCACAUGCUCCAAGAAAAACAUGAAAAGUCAUUGGGUAUGCUUGCUCAAAUGGAGAAGAGAGUUCAAAUGGCAGAAUCAAUGUUAGAAGCCACUUUACAAUACGAAAAGGGACAAAAUAAAGCAGUAUCAUCCCCAAGGUCCUUAUCUCUGGAAUCUCCAAGGGAUGCUCCCGUCAAAAGAGGUCUACUAUCGUUUGGACUCGGUUGGCGCGAUAGAAACAAGGGAAAACAAAGCAACACUGAGGAAUCAAGUGAAAAUCGAUCGGAGCAAGGAGGAGGCAGUGGACAGCAAGAGCAGCAGGACAAGUAAGUCCCGAGAUAAUUUAUUCGAUAGAUCCUCCUUUAAAGAAAGGACUUAUGUGCUUUAAAUUAUUAGCAAAUCUUGUUUAUUUUCAAUGGAGAUUUAUCAGUUUUGUUGUAUCUAUCUACAUGGUUUUUGGCUUUGUUGAGAAAAAGAAGAAGAAAGCUAAGGGGGGAUAAAUCUUUUUUUCUUCCCUCUCUUUCAAAACUAUUUAAAAUUUGGUUCAUUUCUUUGUAUUAAGUAUGUACAAAAAAAUGUAAUCUUAUUAUUAGUCUUCCAACUUGAAAUGAAUAUUAUUCAGUAUUUAUCUU